CGAAGCGAGAUAGCAGAGCGCAUCACCACGGUACAGAGCCAUUGGUAUAAAACGAAAGCCCAGCUAGAGACCAUUGAACGUCUCUGGGCGAGCCUUAGUGAGCAGCAUCAAAUUUUUCAAAGGAGGACGCUGGAUGUGCUCGUCGUGAAGCUCAAGGCCGCGAGAGACAAGCUGAAGGGACUGCUCAACCCGCCGGACGCCGAGGGAAAGAUCGCCGUGAAGCGGUGGAAAUAUAUGUUUCUUAAGCCGCAUCUCGAUGAGCUACUCAGCAGCCUGGAAAACUGGCAAAGACUGUACGACCCGUCGUGGUAUCUGCUUAUCAGGAUUGCGGAUCCCGUCAUCGAUGCCGAGUUGGGAAAAACGAGUCUGAUCGUGGACUCUAUACCCUGCCUUGCGGGUUGCGGUGUGAACGACACGGACAAAGACAUUCGCACUCUCGCAACAAAGUUGCACUACAUCGAUUCAUCCACAUUUGGCGUCCUCAAGUGUCGAGGAGUAGCAAAGGUCAGGGGCGCCGAUGGCGGCCAAUUGAAGUCCUUCGAUCUUGUCCUCGAGACGCCCACUCGUGACCAACCGCGGACACUGCGUGGCUGUCUCAUCUCACAAGCCUCUCACACGCUCACCGAGCGAGUCCACCUGGCGCAGCAGCUUGCCGCUGCGGUAAAUUACGUCCACACCCUCGAUUUUGUCCACAAGAACAUCCGGCCAGAAAACCUGAUAGGGUUCGGUGAUGCACGACUCAAUCCAUUCUUCCUGAUUGGCUUCGAGCAAGUCCGUAGUGCGGAUGGUAGGACUUAUCUCCAAGGCGACACGGAAUGGCAAAAGAGCCUCUAUCGUCACCCAGAGCGGCAGGGGCUUUUCGUCCAGGAGAGGUUCACGAUGCAACACGAUAUCUACAGCCUCGGCGUGUGCCUGCUGGAGAUUGGCCUUUGGGAUUCCUUCAUGCUGUACGAAGAAGAUGGAAAAACGCCGGUUCCAAAUCCCACCCUCCUUGGCUACACCCGGGCGGAGCUGAAGAUUGUGAGGGCUGCAGCAGUGAAGGACCUCCUCGUGGAUCUCGCCAGGCGGAGGCUUCCCGGGGUGAUGGGAGAGUCAUAUUCAGAAGUUGUCGUCAACUGCUUAACGUGCUUGGACGAGGACAAUGUGGAUUUUGGAGAUGAUAGCGAGUUCCAGGAUGCCGAUGGCGUGGCGGUCGGAGUUAGAUAUAUUGACAAGGUCUGCGUGUCACUUAUCGCCCCACGAGAUGAUGUGCUGAUCACGCUCGGCAGAUACUCACGAAGCUCCACAGCAUUUCCGUGUGAGAUGAUACGCCGCGAGUUGUAG